AUGCAGCCUGUACAGCCACGGGACGAAUCUGACCACGACGAAGACCUUGAGCUGCACACUAAUUCCUCUUCGGCAGACGACGCGAGUGACCUUGAUAGUGAGGCCGACGCAAAGUCGAAUGAUUCGCAAUCUUCUGUCGCGUCCCAGGGAGAAACUGGUACGGAUGAUCUCAAGGACAUCAGCUUUGGUGCCCUGGCCGAAGCUCAAGCGCGACUGAAUCCAAACCCUCGCAAACGGAAACGUCCAGAUUUAAAGGAUGCUCCUCUAGAAGAUAGCAACGACGAUGUGCGACCAGCUCGUAGGCAGAAUGUUUCAAAAGAAGAGAACUUCCAGGACCUCAGUCGGACAUCCAAGCAUGCCCCAGCAAUCAUGUCCAGCCGAAAUCCUGUCUCAAGAAAGAGAGAAGUCUUUUCUCCUCCACCAGUCUUGAAGUCAAGAGAUCCACGAUUUGAUGCUGCAAUAGUCGCUGACGGUCGCCGUGGCAAUACUUCUUCCACACAACGAGCCGCUAAAAAUUAUGCCUUCCUUAGUGAUUACCAAGCAAAUGAGGUUUUAGAUCUAAAAUCGCAGCUCAAGAAGACAAAAGAUCCUGAUCAACAAGCACAAUUGAAGCGUCAAAUCAUGUCAAUAGAGGCAAAGUUGCGCAAUGCUCAGACAGAUCAACGUGAAGCCGAAAUAUUGCAAGAGCACAAGAGAAAAGAAAGACAAGCCAUCAAGGAGGGAAGGAAGGCCAAGCCCUACUACCUGAAACCCAGUGAAGUCAAAAAGCAGAUCAUACAAGAACGUCAAGAUGCCAUGGGUAAACGGGCUCGAGACAAGGCAGAAAAGAGAAAGAAGAAGAGGGAGAAGACCAAGGAGGCUCGAGAUAUGCCCCGAACACGACGCUUCGUUGAUUGA